AUGAAGGAUUUAGGUGAUCUGAAGUACUUUCUUGGAAUUGAAGUAGCAAGGUCCGUAAAGGGUAUAUUUAUGUCACAGAGGAAGUAUGUAUUGGAUCUACUCGCUGAAACAGGAUUGCUUGGAUGUAAGCCUGCUGACACACUAAUCGAGAUGAAUCACAAGUUGUGUGAAGGUAUGGAUCAAGAACCAACCAAUAAGGAACAAUACCAACGCCUUGUUGGAAGAGAUCUUGAAGUUGUGGGAUAUACAGAUGCUGAUUGGGCUGGCUCCAUUACUGAUAGACGCUCUACUUCAGGUUACUUUACCUUCGUGGGAGGUAAUCUAGUCACUUGGUGGAGUAAAAAACAAAAUGUGGUUUCUCGGUCUGGUGUAGAAGCAGAGUAUCGAGGAAUGGCUCAUGGAGUUUGUGAAUUGCAAUGGAUCAGAAGACUCUUGACAGAAUUGGGUUUCAAGCCAGAAAAGCCAAUAGAGUUGCAUUGUGACAACAAGUCAGCUAUUGAUAUUGCCCAUAAUCCA